GCGCCCCCGGGGCAGCUGUGACUGGAGGUGGCGUGAGGCGGUGCGGUGCAGGUGUGUGCUGGCCCAAGGCCUCGCGGGCUCUGUCGGGCGAGCGGCCGGUAAACUACAAACAUGAAGAAGUUAAAACUUAAAGAACUGGAAAGCUGUCUUCAACAAGUUGAUACUUUUGAAAAUCCAAAACUACUCCUUGAACAAUAUCCAACAAGACCUCAUAUUGCAGCAUGUAUGCUUUAUACAAUUCACAAUACUUUUGAUGAUAUUGAAAACAAAACGAUUGCAGACUUAGGAUGUGGUUGCGGCAUGCUCAGCAUUGGAAGUGCAAUGUUAGGAGCAGGGUUUAGUGUGGGGUUUGACAUUGACGCAGAUGCACUGGAAAUAUUUAAUAGUAAUAUCGAAGACUUUGAGCUCACGAACAUCAACAUGAUUCAGUGUGAUGUCUGUUCUUUAUCUGACAGCAUGUCAGAGACUUUUGACACAGUUGUUAUGAACCCUCCAUUUGGUACCAAGCAUAAUAAAGGAAUUGAUAUGAUUUUUCUGAAAACUGCAUUACAGAUGGCUAAAACAGCUGUAUAUUCCCUUCACAAAACUUCAACACGGCAGCAUAUUCAAAAGAAAGCAGAUGAAUGGAAUGUGAAGAUGGAAGUCAUAGCAGAACUUAGAUAUGACUUACCAGCAUCAUACAAGUUCCAUAAGAAGAAAUCAGUUGACAUUGAAGUGGAUUUCAUUAGAUUUUCUGCCAAGAAACUCCUGAACUGAGGCAUGUCUUUAAAACCUAUUGAAAAUGGAACAAUAAAACAAUGAUUUUUUUUUU